AUGGACGGCUGAAUCAUACAAAUUUCAAUCUGAUAUUAACAGAGAGGACCGAGACGAACCGAAACUGCGUCGUUUUCAGCUCUGAGCUCCAACAAUGGCGGCAGAUCUGGUGCUAGACACGGCGAUCAGAGACUGGGUUCUGAUCCCUCUCUCGGUGGUCAUGGUCCUCAUCGGAGUCCUCCGUUACUUCGUCUCCAAGCUCAUGCGCUCCAACCAAGUCCCCGACGCCAAAAUCGUCAAAGAAGGGCAAUUGGUUAUUAGGGCUCGCAAUUUGCGUGCUUCUGCUAAUUUCAUACCUCCCAAGUCGUUUCGCGCUCGCCGGUUUUACUUCAGCAACGAGGAAAAUGGUUUGUUAUUUGUUCCCAAGGGUCAGGCACAGAAUCCACAAGCGCAGAUGUUCUCUGAUCCCAACAUGGCUAUGGACAUGAUGAAGAAAAAUUUGUCUAUGAUCGUACCCCAGACUCUUACAUUUGCAUGGGUCAACUUUUUCUUCUCUGGAUUUGUAGCAGCCAAAAUACCCUUUCCUCUUACUCAGAGGUUCAGGUCGAUGUUGCAAAAUGGGAUUGACUUGAGCACUGUUGAUGUCAGCUAUGUCAGCAGCCGCUCAUGGUACUUUCUCAAUCUGUUUGGAUUGAGAGGCUUGUUCAGUCUCAUUCUGGGUGAAGAAAAUGCAAUGGAUGAUACUCAGCGUAUGAUGCAAAUGAGUGGGUUCGGCUUUGAUCCAUCAAAGAGUCUGGGUGCUGAGAAGGACAGCCUUGAUAUAAUCCAGCACGAUUGGGCCUUACCGAAAUUUGAGCAUCGUGCUGAAGCUGUAUUGAAGAAACUUGUCAGGUAAAGAAUGAAACCUAGCAGUUAGCGCUGCUGGGGCGCGCUCAAGUCAUCGAGCUCUUCUACCAGCAGUAAUGUCAGUUAGUUUGAGCUAUGAAAAAUAUAGCAACAUUUUGACAAACAUAUUGCUCUAGUCUGUAGCUGCUCAUAGUCAAAUUUAUUCUGAUUAUUCACAACACAUUACUGGUUGUAACUUAUAAUCACUUAAACGUUUCAAAACUUUCAAGAUUCUAGUUUGUUUCUACAAAUACAUGAAGCUUUUUUCUGAUCAAGCCCUUUUUAUAGUCAAAAG